UUCACCAUAAAUAUAUACAUCAUAGAUUCACCAUAAAUAUAUACAUCAUAGAGGAGUAUCUAUCCGUUUAAUGUAAUUAAAGACACACUUUCAUUUGCACAUAACGAUAAAUCUAAUCUGAUAGUGGUUAAGGUGCCGACCGCUCAAUCUGAAUGUCGUGGGUUCGUGCGCCACUGGGGGUCAAAACGACGCCUUCUCAUAUGACACUAGGUCUGUUUUUCACAUUAAUUCAAAAUAGCUUGACGCUUUUAUCACACUCUUCUUUCAUUACAUAAAUGAUACACAACACAAAAAAACAAACACUGACCAAAGCUAGGAAAAAGUAACAAAUUGUGAGGUCGAAGACAAUUCAACUAGCUACAAACGUGUGAACGGACAUUCCUGAAGAGAUAUAGUGUGAUUGCAAUGGAAAAGUUCAUCAAAAAUAUUUUGUCAGUGGAGAAAUAAAGGCUUCUUUCUUGGGUAAACAAUAGCGAAUAAACCAAUUAGCUUUAAAACGAAAAACGUCAAAGAGGAGAAAUGCCUUUUUAUGGUUCUCAUAAUCACAACUUGUAUCGAGCUGCUUACUUUACUUACCCUGGUAUUGUACUGGCGAGUAAUGAGACAAAGUCUUUUGACGCCAACACGGCAACAGCUGUGCUUCAAACAAAAAUUUACCACAGCAAAGGAAAUGAAAGACUGUCCUCUAGGAAUGAUGAUGAAAAUUGAAAACAGGCCAGGACUAUGUUGUGGGAAUGCUGAUGUUGUCUUUAACAGCUUCGUUUCUAAGAGUGUUUCUGAAAAGUUCAAUGACAACGCCAAUCCAGAGACAACUACACUGGACCUGAGCGGUUUUAAUUGUGAAGCAGUAAAACCAAAUCCAGUGACUCUUCAUCUUUUAGGGAUUGCACCCGAUACAAAACCUGUACCUGUUGGAACAUCAUCAAAGAUAUUCUGGAAUGCACCGGUCGUCUCCGAUGUGAAGCCAGGAUUCAAAUAUUUGGUCAACGAUGGUACAAUUUAUUUAGAAAGGUCGGGAUUUUACUUUGUCACUUCACAAGUAAAAAUGAUGUUUGGAAACAUGAAUAGUACCGUUGAUGCUGUUGACGACAUAUUUGGACACUAUGUGAAUUUGAUCUCGAAAAGAGGAGUUGGUUACACGCUUGUUGGAAACGCAAAAUCAAGAUGUAAAACUAUUCAAGAAGAGUCAGAAUAUACCAGUAUUGUCGGGGCUGUAUUUAAACUACAAAAAGGAGAUCGGAUAUAUGUUGCCAUAUCCCAGCCUCAGCAUCUGGCACAGGAUCAAAGCAAGAGUUUCUUUAGCAUCUACAGUAUUUCAUUACAUACUUGUGGUUGAAAUUAUGCAAAGCAAAUGAACUGCUGUGUAUCUUUGGAAGGAAAACACAAUUUUGCACAACUGUUUCGAAAGAACGUUAAAAUAGCAUCUGUUUACAAGUGCAAUUAUCUGAGUUUUAGUUGUCAGUGACCUUUCAAACAAAGGUUAUAAAAAUACAAAUACUAUAUUUGAAUGAGGUGAAAUACUACUAAAUGAAUAAUUUUAAUAUUAUGGUAAUCAUAAUUGCUAUUUUUACGGUACAGAUUUUAACAAAGUUAACACUUCUUAUUGCAAACAAUUACAGUAUAAUUAAGAAAUAAUAAGUUCCCAAACGUGCUUUAUCUCAGAAUAACCCGAGUUUUGAGUUCUCAUGUGAAAGAAUAUAUCACAAAGGCUGUAGACCUGAGUGAUAUAUUGUUUUGCAUAAGAACGAAAAACUCGGGUUAUUCUAUGAUAAAUCAAACUUGGGAAAUUAUUAUUUUCAUUCUAACACGACAUACUAGUGUCAACAGUGUUAGAAAUAGUUGUAACUACUUUUUACGAACGGAUCGGAUGACGUCACUGCACGCGAGUGGUUUAUUGCGCGCGCGUGUGUGUGUGUGUGUGUGUGCGUGUGCGUGUGUGUGUUCGGGUGUAACGUCUUUUUCAACAAUUUUUCAGUCGUUGUUUAUUGUAGAAUAACCCGAGAUAGAAUUUGCUCUACAUGCAUGUAGGUUAUUUGCUGGUCGUGUUAGAAUGUUCUAUAAUAAGUAUGAUUUCAAAUGGUAACAUCAAAAAUAACAAUACAUAUUACCUACCGAAAUAAAUUGUUCCAUUUUUCAAACGAUCUUUUGAAUAUGACUUUUACAUAAUUUGAAAGAAUUUGUGCCUAGAUUGUUUUAAUCACAUCAUGUUUUAACAAACACAGAACACUGUGGAGAAUGCUUUAAAUAUUAUUAUUCUGUCAUUGUUUUUACGUAAAGAAACAUUUCCUAAUUUUAGAUUUACCAUAGUAAGUAUACCCUACGUAAUGAUUAUUUAUAUUCAAAUUGAAUCUAGGUGUCAUAGAAUACAGUACACUCCUAUUUAAAAUCCUUGAUGAUAAGACCUGAUUAAAAAUCAUACGCUAGUGAGUAACGACGAACAUACCAUAUUGAGCUUAUGUUCUACUUGGCCAUGCUAAGAAUUACCUGAUAUACAGUGUUUAUAUACUAUGACAUUUAUUAUUGUUACGAUUCCUCUUUCUAGGACCAUUGGCUGGGACAAAAGACAGUUUAUCAAAACUUAGUAUCAAAUAGUCUAAAUGAACUGCUUUUUGUAACGUUAAAUUACGAACAAUGGCACCAGUAAAAUAAUGACUUUGACUGAUCUUCUGCGAAGUAGAUACUGUUGUUCCGUGAUUUGACGUCACCUUUUGUCGUCCGCCACUUCUAAAGUUAGUGGAGCGAUACAAACUGCUUGGAAUUUUCCUAUAAUAUGAAAUGAAAGUAAAACAUAAAGAUA